AUGGGUAAAACUAUAUCAAAAGAGGAGAUCGUCGUUGCCCAGAGUUGCACGGAUAACGGCUUAGGCACGAAUGGGGUACCUGAGCUGGAAUACACAGACGUGGACCUUGGUCUGACACCACGAGGUCCUAGAUUCGACGUCGCCCAUUCGAAAAACGUGACAGCGCUUGUAGGGAAAACCGCACAACUGAACUGCAGAGUUCACGAUUUGGGGAAUAGAACGGUCUCAUGGAUCAGACACCGGGAUAUCCACCUUCUAACGUCAGGAAGAAUGACGUAUACAUCAGACCAGAGAUUCAUCAGCGUCCACAACCCUCACACUGAGGACUGGAUUCUCAAAAUAAGGUUUCCGCAGCGUCGAGACUCUGGUAUCUAUGAGUGCCAAGUGGGCACGACACCGCCUAUUGGUCACAGAAUGUUUUUAUCUGUUGUUGAACCUCUGACAACGAUACUCGGUGGACCAGAGCUCUUCAUCAACACUGGAAGCACGAUAAACCUAACGUGUGUCGUGCAGCAUUCCCCGGAGCCUCCCCCUGCAAUACGCUGGACGCAUAAAGAAGAGGAAAUCAACUAUGAUUCUCCACGCGGUGGAGUAUCGGUUAUAACGGAGAAGGGAGAAACGACAACGUCACAUUUGCUGGUGCAGAAGGCGAGGCCCUCGGACUCGGGGCGGUACACCUGCGCUCCAGCCAAUGCCAACCCUAAGACAGUGUUGGUGCACGUAUUGAGCGGUGAGCACCCCGCAGCGAUGCAGCACGGUGGACAACUCCGGAUCCAGUAUCCGAUCUCGGCAGCGAUGCUCAGCUUCAUUGUCACCCUAAUGGGGUGCUACUACAAACAGGACAUUAUGGAUGUAUUAUAAUAUUUAAAUAAGUAAUGAUAUUAACGCCGCCUAUCAACAUAGGGUCAGGUCGGAGUUUUGUUUGUUUAUAUAAAUUUAAAGUAUUUUUCAUUAAAAAUGUAAGUGACGAAUUAAUUGUACGAUUCUAGUUUAUGGAUUGAUUGAAUAAUUGUUUUGAAAAAAAAAAA